AAUAAAUUCACUGCGUUAUCAACGGUUCGACAGCGCACAUCUGUUCUCUUGACUUAUUUUAACAUUGAGGCAUUGCAUAUAUAAUAUAUGAAGUUGAUCGACGCCAGCCAUCAUGGCAAAUAGUUCGACUCUAUACACACUCGCCUUGUUGGCCGCGAAUUACAUUUUGCAAGUUUAUGGGACAAAUUGUCCAGUUGUGGAGUGUUGGUUUGUACAGGAGAAGCCAGGGCAUGGGUUCCCAGCUGCUAUGAGUCAGGACAAGUCCUUGAUGUAUGUUAGAAUAAGCCCCGACAGUACAAGAGCAGAGUCGCAAAAAAAGCCCCCUGUUGGCAUAGACCCAUCAAGAAUCUACCACGUCACUGACCCAAGUGGCUCCCUGUGCAGUCCAUCUCUUCAUUCACCAGAGGGCUCUGUGAAGAAGCCCCAGUGUGAAAUUAACCCUUUCCUGCCCCAUCCUUCUCUUGUCAAUUGGGCCGCCCCCCUCACUAGAUCUGGGCUCAGCCCAGUCUAUCUGGAGGCUGAUUGGUUUUCAGCUUCCCUGAAGGGUCUCGACGAACAACUAGUACUAUCUAGUGUAAUACGGGCUGCCAAGACCACCAAUGAACUGAAUGUGAUCCUCGCUGUCUACAGUACAUCUGCUUUGGUCCGCUCCAGACUUGGUGUACCUGUUGUUCUUAACUGUUGGUUCUGGAAGGAGUCCUCCUCCCCCCUCUCUGAACUGGGGUUUGCAGUAGAAUGGCGCUACCAGUUCCGGGGGGAAGGGAGGCUUGUUGUGGCCUACGAUGCCAAGAACGAUCGACUGGCUGAGACCUCAGAGAAGGGGGCGGAGCUUGACAUCAGUGGCCUGCAUCAAACAGGAAAUGCUUCACUACUCCUUGAGGAUGCUCAAGUCAGACACACUGGGACUUACAUCUGCACUAUAUACCUUCCAUACCUGCUGGCUCAGGUCACUAUAGAUUUGGAAAUAGUGGAACCCCCUUCCCUCUCCAUCUCCCCCUCUCCUCUCCCCAUUUCUUUCCCUGGCCAGACUAUUACCGUGCAGUGUGAAGCCUCUGGCUUUUCCCCCCUCUCUCUGGAGUUCCGCUGGGAGUUUGUGGGGGCAGAUGGGGCAGUGCAGCCCCUGGUCAACGGGGGGAUGUCAGGGCACAGGCAGGCCGUGGAUGGCACCUUCAGCCAGAGCAGCUGGCUGACGCUGGACCUGGGCAAGUUGGACCUGGGCCGGGGAGGAGAAGUGACCUGUGUGGCUGUCCACCCUGGGGGCACCAGGCGGACCAGCACAACCCUUAGCAUCAUUGGAGUUAGUGGUCCCACCAUAGAAGACUCCAUGGCCAUGGUGGCUGUGGCCUUGGGAUUGUACGGUCUAAUAAAACUCUGCUCUUGGAUGUUCACCAGAGCUGGGUCCAUUGACAGUGAUUCAGAGGAAAAGAAGGAGAAAUAAACUUGAGAAGACAAAGAAUGGCUUUGAAGAUGCAUAGAUACAUGCUCCUGUGGAGGACCUUGAAUUGUGUGUGUGUGUGUUGUGUAUCUCAAGUUUCUUUUCUGUUUUUUAUUUUAUUUGACAAAAGGGCUUGGUCUGGCAGUGCCAUUAUUUCUUGCAGGUGUGACUCAUCUAUCCUGAACAGAUUCAGUGUCCAUGUUUUACUACUACCUGUACGGUUGAUGAUCAUUUAUCUAUGCAGGGUCAUUUGUGUUUUUUUGCUUUUUGUCUAUUUGUAAUGAAUACAGCUACAGUACAUUUUCCCAGGUUCUGUGACAUUGAAGAGCAGAUUAACUUUACUUUGUGGGUGGUCGAUACAGAUCGCAGGGCCUAUUGAAAAUGAUUGAAACGAGUACAACUACAAACUAGAAAAUAAGAAAAUUCUACUGGAAUAAUUUACCUUGCACAAAUGUAUAAGCACCACCACAUAGCUUGCCCAAAGCCAAAGAAUCCUUGUAGCCAUUUAAGAGAGACUGUGAAAUCCGGCAUGUACAUAGAAUGGAAAAAAAUAAAAGAGAUGCUGUAUAUUGAAUUAUUUUUGUUUCAAUAACUAGAUGUUUUAUUGCAUAAUUUUUCUGGGUAACUUGAAUUAAACAAUUUGAGGUAA